UCCUUUUAUACAAAUCAAGCGAACUACACUUUUUCACUGAUGACGCGAGUUUCCCGCCCUGACUCACCAGAGCCUGCGUGGGGAAGUUAACAGUGUUUUCACAGCGAUUUGCUUUGGCUAAUUUUUCAUUUGACCGACUUUUGCGACUGGCUAAUGAUGCCUUCCACACAGGACUGGAUCAACAACCCUCUCACAGUGAUUCAAGGGAUGUUUGCUAACUCACAAAACAUUCCAAACUCUGGAUGGGAGGCAAAAGUGGUUGAUUUCUUUAAGGACCAUCUAAAAAAGGACAAUGCUCAUACUUGGGUCCCAUCUUUGAAUGAUGUGCCUUUGCACUACCUGAAGCCCAACAGCCUGGUCAAGUUUCGUUGCUUCAUCCAAGACAUGUAUGAUCCAGAGUUCUACAUGGGAGUGUAUGAGACUGUUGAUCCAUCCACAAAGGCUAAGGUGUUGCAAUGUGGGAAGUACAAAGAUGUAACAGAAUGUGGGGUGGAUUUCAACUCAAGAAACACUGUGACUGCAGAGAGGCAAACUUUCUACUGUGUGCCAAUUCCUGGAGAAAAUCCCUGGGUGAAAGAAAGCUAUGCCGGCCUAAGCCAAGUGAGAGUGGUUCCUUCAACCUCGUAUGCACCCACCAGACAGAAACGGAGCUAUGAGGAAGAGGAAGACCUAAACGUGCUGAAACAAAGGGAGCCACCUACUGGUCCUCCAAGUAACACAGAACAGCACAGAAAUGGAGACUCUAAGCGGCAGGAGACAGAAGCCCCUUCCAGCCACAUGGCGUCUGCCUCUCAUCUUGACCUAAACUUCCCCCUACCAGGAGAGAAAGGCCCAUCCUGUCUAGUCAAGGUUUACGAGGACUGGGAUCGCUACAAACUGAAUGACAUAGUAGAAGUCUAUGGAAUCCUCUCUGUCAACCCAGCUCUCAGUGCAUUUGACCACAACAAAGACACCACCUCAUCCCUCCUUGACCCUGCAGAAUUCAUGGAGAUGGCAGAGGAACAGAGAGUGCACAGUCCACCGACCUCGCUCGUUCCUCGCCUUCACAUGCUAUACGCCAAGCAACUGUCAAACAACAACCCUCUGCUGCCCUCAGCCACCUUGGAGAACGACAGUUCCUUUUUAUCUACAACCUUGAGCGAGAUGGCCUCAGUCAAGGCGGAGCUGCACACAUACUUAACUCACGUUCUUCUGGGAGAUACUCUUGCUGCCGAGUACCUCAUUCUGCAUCUCAUUUCUAGUGUAUACACCAGAAGAGAUGUACUCCCACUUGGAAAGUUCACCUUGAACCUGAGUGGCUGUCCAAUAGUCGCCUCAUACACUGAGCGUCUAUACCAGAUCAUUCAGCAGCUCGUCCCUUCUUCAUACUAUCUGGGCAUGAGCCUCCAGAACAUGAACCAGUUGCGAUUGGUGCCCAAGAAGGAUUAUGUGGGCAACCGCCUCUUGAGUGGAGUCCUCCAGUUGUCCAAAAACACUGACCUGUUCCUGGAUGAAACCCAGCUGGAGCAGGGACAGCUGGACACAGCAGGUGUGCGUAACAUCACAGCCCUGGGGAACGUGAUCUCAUGGCAGAAGGUUGAAUAUGACUUUAACUACCAUCAGAUGGAAUUCCCCUGCAAUAUUAACGUGCUCAUCACAUCUGAGGGCCGCUCACUACUGCCGGCAGACUGCCACAUCAAUCUACAGUCUCAGGUUAACCAGUCUCACAUGGAGGAGUAUAUAAGCAGCAUCAACAUGCCGGUGCAUGUUUCAUCACAGCUCAACAAGUUCAGGAUUUACUUGAGUUUGGUGCGGCUGCUUGAUUACAGUAUCUCUGAUGAUGUGACAAAGUCAGUUGAGGAUGACUUCGUCGACAUGAGGAAGGAUGAUCCACAAAGCAUAUCUGCUGAAGACCUCCACAGGAUGCUUAUUGUUGCGAGGUUGCUGUCUCUCAGCCUUGGACAAACCUCUCUGUCCAUAGACAGCUGGAAGAGAGUCAAACAAAUGGAGAUGCAGCGAAGAAGCAGGAUUGAGCAGCUCAAGUGUUUCAACGGCAACGAGCAGUGAUCGAACACAGAUAAAUGAGAUGCUUUUGUUUUUUCUGUUUGACAAAACAAAGAUUUAUAAUAAAUAUGUUUAAAUAUGAA